CCCCCGACGACCAAAGCACACACGCCUACUCGUAUUUCGUUCACAGAAAGAGAUAUUUUUCUCACGCCCUCCCCGCGGAAUAAAAACUUUUUUUUCUCUCGCAUCCCUCCCUUGGAAUCCAUCCAUCCAUCCAUCUCUCGCCUUCUCCCUUCCAAUUCGAUGCCUUUGUAGCGCUGCUGCCUCGCCCUGCGUCGCGCCGCGUCGUCGUCGUCGCCGCGGGGUCCCCCCGGUUCCGCUUGCUGCUGCUGCGCCAGCGCUUCCAACAUCAUCAUGGACGGAGGAUCCGGCAAUGCCUCCGGCGGCGGCGGCGGCGGCAGCGGCGGCGCGUCGACGUGCUGCUACUACGCGCUCCUCGGCAUCCGCAAGAACGCCUCCGCCACCGACAUACGCACCGCGUACCGGAGGCUCGCGAUGAAGUGGCACCCGGACCGGUGGGCCAGCGAUCCAGGCGCGGCCGGCGAGGCCAAGCGGCGGUUCCAGCGGAUCCAGGAGGCGUACUCCGUUUUGUCGGACAAGGGGAAGAAGGCCAUGUACGACGCCGGGCUCUUCGAUCCCCUCGACGACGACGACCAGGAUUUCUCCGACUUCAUGCAGGAGAUGCUGGUGAUGAUGGAUAACGUGAAAAACGAGCCGGACACGCUGGAGGACCUGCAGAAGAUGCUAGAGGACAUCGUGAACGGCGACGGCGUGGGCGGGCGCGUGCCGCCGCCGGCGGCCGACGGUGCCCGGCGGACGCGCGUCGCGCCGUACCCGCAGCCGCAGCAGGCGCGCAGGUGACCGGCGCGCCGGUGUACGAGAUGUACACGCGCCCCGCCGUAGUAGCUGCGGAGUACUCGUACGCUUUUGGUGAAAGGGACCGGAGAAAGGUCAGCAAGCAACGCGAGGGAGGCUCUGCCUCUGGAAAAAGAAGAAUAAAGAUUUCACCCUUUUUAGGCCAAUCUGAUGAUGAUGAUCUGAUGUAGAUUUACGCCUCCUGUGUGUAGCGGUGGUCGAUUGUGUAAGCUGGGGGUUGGGUGGUGUUGGAUACCGGCGCCGCCGCCGCAACAACUGGCGGACGCGUGGCCGGGCCGGGGACUCUGAUUUUUUAUUUUAAUUAAAUCUCGUCGACAUUUCGAUUUCGUGCCCCAA